AUGGACGUGAGCUCGCUUGAUCACAAGCAACUCGCGGCAAAAUAUAAGAAAAAUGGUUCGUUCGACAAAAGGAGAAAGAGCCUUCUAGAAGACUUCAAACUGUCUCAGACCCACACAAACCUUCUACUCAAACUCAAAGUAAUGGUUGAAAGCAAAAUCAAGAACGAUCCUUCUCUUCUACUUAAAAACAGAGGCCAGGUUGCAGCCUUGAUACAAGGUGAGGUUAUAAAUGGUGCUAAGACUGGGGCUUCGAUCGUAGGAAUCGUUGACAAGGAUAUUAAAGACAAGAUACUCGUUUCCCAGGAAUUCCGCGGAGACCUUCGGACUGAGCUCAAAGAUAUCAAAAGAAAACUACUUGGGGUGAGCGAUGAGGAUUAUGCGAAGGAAUUGGAGGAGGAACGUAAGAGCAGGCUCUCUAUGUCCUCAUUUCCAGCUUCACUCCCCGCUACCCCAAAUCAGAGCAAUGAAUCCGACAGAGACAACUCUUUUAGGGGCAGAAAUGGCUUUCACAAACAUAUUCCCCAAGGUAAAGUCGCUAAGGCUCCCAGAUUCAACUUUAAUCUUCCACCCAGAAAUCGUGAGAGGGAUCAAAACUCGAGGGGCUUUGGCGGCCAUAUGAGUUACUGA